GAUAGCUAAUGCGUCGCUUAUCCUCCACACAGACACACUCACACGCAUGCACGCACAGCUCCUCCGUGUGAGUUCAUGAUUGUCCCACAUAAACGAAGAUAUAGACACGCACACACAUACACACACACACAGACACACAUACGUCCAUACCGAAGAACCUACCGCACGCAGGCUUCCCUAGCUCCACUAAACGCCGUGUUGCCAUCACAUACGUACACAAAAAGCAUCCUAAUGACUCGUGUAGGAAGGUAGAUACACAGACAGAAACCACACACACACACAUAAACUCGUACGCAGAUACACGAAUCACAGAACCAGACAGCUGAAGGGCGGAAGACCCCUUUCAACUACACCCCCUGAUUCAUUCAUUCAGGUCUGUCUCCGUACACCAGCCGAUACCGCCCACACAAAUCACGCUCCGCCCUGAGCAGAUCACUGGGACACAUUCGCGCACACACGUGCAGACAGACAGACGGUUAGACAGACAGACAGACACACAGGCGUAUGAAUGCACAACGCUCAUCAAUCAACCCAUUCCCUCCCUGUCUGUCUGACUCACUUGUGUUCGUCGCCAUAGCCCGCAAAUUGGUCGCACAUGCGUCCUCCCUUGAAGGCUUGGAUCUCCCGCUCGAUGUCGCCACGCGUGAUGCCCUUGGCCUGCACCACAAAGCCACGCCACGCCCACCGUCACGCAACAGCUGACCCAUUGGUUCAUGACUGUACGUAUUUUCGUUUACUUACCGGGUCAGCAGCAGUGAUGGCCAGCGUGUUAAAGUGGCCUGGGUCAUCCUCCCAGAAGAUGGUGGUCGACUUGAAGUCACCCUUUUCGAAGUCCUGCUCGCCUGCAUGCAUGCAUGCAUGCAUGCACGCAUGAAAACAGCCAGCCACGUGCAGAGAAUGACUGAGUGCACACCACCCCCGCCUGCCCUGCCCACCGUUGCCAUCUCCCCGGGGUGCGCUGGUGAGGAUGAUGGACGGGAAGGGAUACACCACCUCCUGCAUGCUCUUCUUACUUUUCGGAGGCGCCUUCUGACCCAGCAACUUCAUCUCUGCCAGCAUCUCAGGAUGAAGGAUGGUCGACAGGUCGAAGCUCUGAGGCUCUCCAGCACGGUCGGCCGCCUUGACUUCCGCCAACACCUCCUUCAGCCGCUUGUCGUAGUCCACAGGACGGGGCGAGCCCUUCGGCCGGGGCACCUCCUUGUCCGGCUGGGCAGAUGAGCUCAUGCUACACCACAAUGACCGCUGUCCAAGGUGCAG